ACACACACACACACAUACACACCACACACACACUGCAGACUAUGUCAGGAAGGUAUAAAUGAAUUGGACCGACUCAAGUUUGUCCCAUCCCCUGCCACACAAUGUUCCGUAUCGUUACUGCCCUACUGGCUCUUCAGCUUGGACUCGCCCUGGGGGCGUGUCCAACUGUUGUAACCAGAUCCCAAUGGGGAGCCCGUGCCCCCACCGGCACCACCACCUUCCACAACCCCGCCCACUACGCUUUCAUUCACCACGGGGAGUCAGGCGAGUGCCAUGACCGUGCCACGUGCUCAGCUGUCAUCAGGAGUUACCAGAACUACCAUAUGGACAACAAUGGCUGGGCUGACAUUGGCUACAGUUUUCUGAUUGGUGGGGACGGCGCUGUCUAUGAGGGGCGUGGCUGGGAUAAGGUCGGGGCCCACACCCAAAACUACAACAGUGUGGGAUACGGGUUCUGUUUUGUCGGCAACUUUAUGAACAAGCUCCCAACAGCCGCAGCCCUUCAGGCCGCUAAGGACAUCAUUGGAUGCGGCGUCACUCUGGGCAAGAUCCAGUCCGCCUACGUCCUGAGGGGCCACAGGGAUAUGGGUAGCACUGAUUGUCCCGGCACCACACUCUACAACCAAAUCAAGACCUGGCCACAUUGUAUAAAAGAAUCUUCCAGCAGGUCAGCGCCACCACUUGAAUAUUUGAGUCGAGUUUUGAUCAUGUCGUCUGCUCUUGUGUUUGCCUUCGUCUGUCUGCAAGUCAGUCUGGUCUUUGGUGCUUGUCCUCAUAUUAUUAAAAGGGCGGACUGGGGCGCCAGAGCCCCCCAUGGCGUCACCCACCUUGCCGGCCCCGUCCAUUACUCCUUCAUCCACCAUUCGGCUGGCGCCGAGUGUCACGACAGAGCAACAUGCCAGGCUCAAGUGAAAAGUUUCCAGAACUAUCACAUGGACACACACGGUUGGUCUGACAUCGGCUACACCUUUGUGAUUGGAGGCGACGGUUCCAUCUUUGAAGGUCGAGGAUGGAAUGUUGUUGGCGCUCACACACUCAACUACAACAGUGUUGGAUACGGCUACUGUUUUAUCGGCACCUUCACGAGUCACGUGCCCACGGCCGCUGCCCAGAAGGCCGUCAAGGACCUGAUCGCCUGUGGUGUGGAGCUGGGCAAGAUCCAGGCCAACUAUGUCCUGAGAGGACACAGGGACAUGGGCAGCACCGAAUGUCCUGGUACAGCAUUCUACAACCUCAUCAAGACCUGGCCACAUUACUAAUUAACCUAAUUAAAUAUCUCGCAGAUUUCGCCCUAAUCGAUUAUGUUUCCGUUUCAAAGGAAAUAAAAACGUCGUUUUA